CUUUGGAAGGAGCUGACCACCUAGUUGCUGCAACGGUAGCAUUUCUCAGGAGACGUGCGAUUUUGGAUGGUCCACCAAGGAUCCCGCCUGCGUUGAACCGGUGAGGAGAGCCAACUACAUUGUCCUCAACAGCGGCCUGAACGUGUACAACCUGUACAACCCGUGCAGUUACAACGAAAGCAGCUCGUCACUAGCGUUGCGCUAUCCGGGAACCUCAAUGCACUAUGCUACCCGGUGGCUCAUGAGCAAAAUGUUCAAGCAGCCUACCACGAGCUUCAACGACGUCAGCCCCGCGUGUGUUGACCAGGAUCGCUUGCAGCUGUACUUCAACCGCCGUGACGUCAUCAAAGCUCUGCAUGUCGAGGAAUCGCCGCUGCAGUGGUACCCUUGCAACCUGGCCAUCAACUACACAGAGCAGUACAACACGAUGCGCGAGGUUGUCCAAGAUCUGGCCGAGUCUGGUCAGCUCAAGGCUCUUAUCUACAACGGCGACGUCGAUAUGGCUUGCAACUUCCUCGGCGGCGAUUGGUUCGUCCACAGCUUGGGAUACGAGCCAACAUCAGAGUACAGAAUGUGGCACGUGGGACAAGUGAUCGCCGGGUUCGUCCAGAACUUCCAACACGACGUCACUUUCGUCACUGUCAAGGGCUCCGGCCACAUGGUUCCCUUGGACAAGGCACAGGAGUCCCUGCACAUGAUCUCCAAUUUCUUGUCUGGUGCCCCGUUUUUAUGAGAAACCGCCUGUUGAAGCCUGCGUUGAAAUAAGCGCCAAUUUAACAGACGCAGAAGCCUAGAAUAAAAUUCAACACAGUGUUAUACUCUACCGGGCAGAGAUGUUUCUUGAGUGCUUUAUUAGGCCUGUAACUUCGCUUAAGUGCAAGAGUCGUCGCAUGCCGUGCUUUGGGUCGCGGUAAACGACUUCAGGUGUCCAAUUUAGUUCGGAGUCCUCCACUACGACAUCCUUCAUUACCCACAGUACAGUUUCUGGAUGUUAAACGGCACAAUUUAGUUUGUUCUUAAUUAAAACAAACGGAAGGAGCGUUUUCACGACGUGCAAGGGCUGCUUCUGCCAAAUUAUGUCAGCCGGAACAGUUGAAAUAAA